GGGAAAUCCAAUUCCUGCACAACAUUCAUAGCAAAACACAAUUUUUUCAAACUUCAUCACAAUCUGUUCAUACAUACAUACACACACACAUACAUACAAACCAUCACGAUGAAUAGAUUAUUCGGCGCCAAGUCCUCCGCCCCCAAACCAACCCUCAGUUCUGCGAUUUCCAAUGUCGACGAACGCAUAUCCUCGCUCGACGUCAAGCUCGCCUCCAUCAACGCCGAACUAACCUCCUACCAAACCAAGCUCUCCAAGAUGCGCGACGGGCCGGGCAAAACCGCCAUCAAGCAGAAAGCGCUCAAAGUUCUACAGCGACGCAAAAUGUACGAAGGCCAGCGCGACCAACUGCAGCAGCAAUCUUACAACAUGGAAAGCGCAGCCAUGAUGCAAGAUAAUCUGCAAAACGUCAUGACGACCGUGUCGACGCUCAAGUCGACGAAUGCGGCGCUGAAGAAACAGUAUGGGAAGAUUGAUAUUGAUAAGAUUGAGAGGAUGCAGGAUGAGAUGGCCGAUUUGAUGGAGGUGGGGAAUGAGAUUCAGGAGAGUAUUAGUAGGAGUUAUGAUUUGCCGGAGGAGGUGGAUGAGGCGGAGUUGGAUGCGGAGUUGGAGGCGCUGGGCGAGGAGGCGGAGUUGGAGGGGUUGGGGGGCAUGGCGGAGGGGACGCCGAGUUUUAUGGUGGAUGAGGUGCCGAGUUUUAUUGAUGAGCCGCCACAAAAGGUGGGUGAGGUCAAGGAAGCUGCUACUUGAGGAUUGGUGAAUAUCUGAUUUGAGGAAGGAGAACACAUGGAUAUUAUUUGAAGGUUGCUUUCGCAGCUUCAGUAUAUCAUGAUGAUAUUGUGACGAUUGUAGAGAAUUAUUGGUGUUAUCGGCAGUGGAAUUCUCCAUAUUUAUUCUAGCGGCGUUUACAAGGAAGGUUCGAGGAGUACACCAUGGGUUCUUGAGCGAGUAUGGGGGGUAUUAUUCGAUAUAAGACACAAACUAUUCAAUCAAAACUUGACUUGUCACA